CUUCCCAGAGUCUCACAACUCUCGUGGCUUGGCCUCGGGAACCCGGCACCGGGCGUUUCGCUGUGACCAGCCCCACGGCAGCUCUUCUUGGGCGUUCCCUCAGCUGAGGAUGCACUCGCAGGCGUUGCCAGGAGGUGGAUCUGGAGGGGGCCGUGAGCCGCGGGUAGGAGGCGCCGGGUUUGUCCCGGCGCCUCCGGCUCCUCGCUCCGGGACUCUGGUUCUCCGCCGGGGGAGUGCCGCGGGGCGGAGCCGAGGGCGGGGCGCGGAGCUGCCGGUGGCGGCGGAGCGCGGAGCACGCGGGGAGGUUCGCACCAUGGGAGGCGGCUGCUGGCGGCUGCUGCGGGCCGUGUGCCCGCUGCUGCUCCUGCCCCUCGCUGUAAGCCAGGAGCCCCUGAGCAAGGCUGGGAUGUGCGACACCAUCUACAAGGGCUUUGCCAGCUGCCUCAUCAGCCUGGGGGACAGCAUGGUCCAGAGCGUGCGGCGCCAGCGGGAUGAGGGUGUUGAGGAGGUGCAGGAGCUGGACACCAUCUGCAAGUCCUGGGAUGACUUCCACGCCUGUGCGAGCGAGGUGCUGUCGAGCUGCCCCGAGGAAGCAGCUGCCAUCUGGGAGUCUCUGCGCCAGGAAUCCCGCAAGAUCCAGUUCCAGGGGAACCUGCAGGAGCUGUGCAGUGCCCGGGGACGCCUGGCCAGCGCCCGCAGCUCACCGGCCGCCGAGACCAACCAGGCCACGCUGCGAGGCUUGGCCACCCCCCUGUGCCCCCCACUCCUGGCCCUGCUGGUCCUGCUGCUGCUGGUGCCCCAGCUCUAGCCCUGUGCUCAUCCUGGUGCCAGGGACAUCCCGCGUCGGUCCCCCCGAUGUUGGCCCGGCACAGGCACCCACGGUCCCCACCGAGCCCACCUCACCCCUGGGCAUCCCUCAUGGGGCAUGGGCCUCUCCAGCAGCUCUUCAGACAGAUUUAUAUUUAUAUUAAAAGAUGCUUUUA